ACUACCUUCUUAUAAAAGCUCCCUCUAGUUCAUCAUCAUGCUCGUAGCCAGAGCCAUAUCUCUGUAAAAAUCCCAAAGAUAAUCUCUCUCUCUCUCUCUCUCUCUCUCUCUCUCUCUCUCUCUCUCUCUCUGUUUCUGUAAAUUCUCUCCGUAAACGAUGCCGAACAGGUAUCCAGGAGCCAUGGCUCGGGACUGGGAACCGGUGGUGCUGCACAAGAACAAGCCUAAGGCCCAAGACCUCCGGAACCCAAAGGCGGUGAACCAGGCGCUGCGGACCGGCGCGCCGGUCCAGUCAAUUAAGAAGUUCGACGCCGGAUCCAACAAGAAGGCGACUGCCCCAGUGGUAAACCCGAGGAAGCUGGAUGAGGAGACGGAGCCGGCGGCGCUGGAACGAGUAGCAGUAGAGGUGAGGCGGGCGAUCCAGAAGGCUCGGAUCGAGAAGAAGAUGAGCCAGGCUGAGCUGGCGAAGUUGAUCAAUGAACGUCCACAAGUAGUGCAGGAGUACGAGAACGGAAAAGCUGUGCCCAACCAAGGCGCGUUGGCUAAGAUGGAGAGGGUGCUAGGGGUCAAGCUUAGAGGGAAGAUUGGGAAGUGAAUAAUAUGAUCGGUCGAUUUCAGUGUUUAGUCACUUAGUUUUGGGGGUGUUCGUUUUGUUUUGUUUGAACAUAGGUGCUUAUUGUGAUGGUCUCUGUUUUAUAUUUUGGUUUUAUGGGGAUUGAACAGCUUUAGUGAAUCUCUGGUAAUGAAAAUGAAACAAGUGGAACGUAGUCUCUUCUUUUUUUCAA